ACUAUCAAAAGCCACAACAAUACAACAGCCAUCUUUCUAUUAUGAGAGGCCAAUAAUAUCUCCAAAAUAGAAGAGUAGUCUCCGCCUGCCACCACCACCGCCACCAGCAACCCUAGAAAGAACAAGAAAAUCUCACUCUAAAUUCUGUAGAGAGAGACACAGAGAGAGAAGAAUGGAUCAUGGUCAUGACAUGCCAGGAAUGGGAGGCAUGACUCCAUCAUCAACCAUGAACAACACCAAUUCAACUGGAGGAGGAAUGAUGAUGCACCAUCACAAGAUGAUGAUGCACAUGACAUUUUUCUGGGGCGAAAAUGCUGAGAUUCUCUUCUCAGGAUGGCCUGGAGCUAGAACUGGGAUGUAUGUUUUAGCUUUGAUUUUUGUUUUUGUUCUUUCUUUUCUUGUUGAGUGGUUAUCUCACAGUCGCCUCAUUAAGCCUGGCUCUCCCCAUGUUACCGCUGGUUUAAUUCAGACUUUGUUGCACACUAUGAGAGUUGGUUUGGCCUAUUUGGUUAUGUUGGCUGUUAUGUCAUUUAACGGUGGUGUUUUCUUGGUGGCUGUGGCUGGCCAUUGCCUUGGAUUCUUGAUUUUUGGCAGUAGGGUUUUCAAGAAAACACCUCCUGCAGCUAAAACAUCUGAUCUUCCUCCAAUGAGUUGUUAGAAUCAUUUUCAUACAAGGAAAAGGGUGUUGGCUCUUGGUUUUUAUUUGCAUUUGCAGAUUCUCCAGUUACAGUUGCUUUUUCUAUUUUCUCUUUUUGAGGAAUAACGUGAAUUGGUCAGACAAAUCACUUGUUUGUAGAAAUUGAAUAUGAAUGAAUGUUAUUUUUUGUUUGAUUUAGGUGUAGAGUUUGUAAUCUAAAUUAUCAAAUAAAACCCUAAAUUUUGUGUUCUU